AGCUCAAAUGUAGCAGAGAUGAAUAUCAUCCCAGUGAUCCCUGAAAGAUGACUUUUGCUCUCAAGUUUGUAUUUUUGCUGCUACUAGAACUAUGCGCUUUUGUGGAAUAUGACCUAGGUAAGUUUCGGACGUUUACAAAUCAUUUCAGAACAAGGCUUGCUGUUUCAUAAAUUUUACUUUAACUUAGGCGACAGAUUCAUGCUUUUCCGGCGUUAUUCUGGUGCGGCAUCAUAUACGGAUUCACGGCCAUCACCUACUUGGGGUCCCCCACCUCCAUGUAAAUAGUCUCACGGUCGUCACUGAAAUAGAAGAGGCUGGGCUCGUUUCCUCUGCCUUCUGAUUUAUAAUACUUAAUUUAGUAGCUACUAUUCAUAGUAGACAGCUAGACGGGAGUGUAAAAUAGGGUCCCCAACCUUGACUUAUUCUUCUCUGCUGAUUCUAGCAUAGACCGUUUAUCGCGAUCCAAUUUUUCAUGCAAACUGGCAGUAACACGACAGUAUGACGCGAGCACGGGGGAGUGGUCACUGGCUUCCUCUCCCACCCCCUCAAGCUCCACUUUAACUGGCGCAUAUCAAACAAAAAAACAAAUCAAAACAAGAGAAAUUUAUAUAGAGGGUUGUCCCGAGAACAAUCUGAGGGCGAGUGUCAAAUGCGUGGUAGGUAAAUUGCUAACUCAGUUCAACACGAAGUCUCUCCGUAGCUCAGGUGGUAGAAGGCCUUAUCUCUAAAAUACCGUUUCUACGACUACAAUCACAUGAGUCCCUAUUAUCACAUCUGAUGAAUUCUACUGACUAUUUUAUUAACAUCCAAUUAAUUUCAUUUAUAUCAACUUGCUUUGAAUUGAGAGACAAACUUAUCUCCGGAAUAAUUAAUCCUACUGAUGGUUAGAAAUAAACAAUGAUUAAUAAGUUUCAAAUUAUUUUAAAUAUUUAAUUUAUUUUACAAGGAAUCAAUGAGUAAUUUCAAGUAGCUUUUGCAAUACUGCAAUACUUUGUUAUGGUCAUGCAAACAAAGCUUAUUGUUGUUGUUGUUGUUGUUGUUGUUGUUGAGAUGAGAUUUUGGGUUCGAAUCCCGGUUCGUGAAGUUUUUCUCACGUCUUUUCCUUAUUUUUUAGCGCCAAUUUUUUACAUUAAAAGAAUACCGGAUACAGAGAUUCGGAUUAUCGGCACAGUUGCAAGUCUACGUCAAGAGAGAAGCCCAGAAUCUACAAAUGCUCCACCGGUCAGCGACUUUGUCAUAAGUUCAGAAACAGCUAUCAAAUCUGAAAGAACUGACUCGGAAAGGAAUGUCGAGGAAAGCAAAAGAGAUGUGAGUCUUGAGGAACUCUUGAGUGAUGGUAGCAAAGAAGGAAAUAAAAACAAAAAGAGCGUAGAAGGGGAAAAUCACUUAAAGACUAGAAUCAAGUCACAAAAAAAAUCGUUUUCCUCGACUGCAACAGGUAAGUAAGUCAUUGUUAGAGUAGUUUUGUCCGUGGCAACAGUGAAUUCUUUCACAAUAAAAAAAAACAUCGUCGAGUAUAAAUGAAUAAACAUCUACAGGGUUUUAAAAGUCUCUUUGAUUAUCCAGAUUGCAAUGCCAGGAGUCCAUAACCCCGGAGCGAGCAACUCCCAUACUACGCCUAUGUCACGGUGUUUUUACAGACCAGUUUAUUUUUAGACACAUUUUAGGGCAUUAUUUCCCGCAAAAAUGAAUCCCCACCAUGUCUAUUUGCGCAUUCGAAGUAUAAGAUAUCAAAAAGGAAACCUAAACGUCAUUAAAAGGCAAAAAAUAUCAUUUUUACGUCUAUAGGUUUUACUGACUGGUUUGUGAAAUUUAAAAGAUAGUCAAAAUUCGCGCCAAAACCGUUCUAAAAAUAAACUGGUCCGUGAAAACGCCGUAACACGAGCGCAUGGAAGUUGUUCGCUCCUGGAUAUGGGCUCCUGGCAAUGAUUAAUGGACACAUAUAAUCCACUAAAUGAGAGAUCAGGUGAGUGGCCGUUAUCGGAUGUACAACCUUCGAUUUAGUUAAUUAUCUAUGGCAAUAAAACUGAGAAAAAGAAACAGAGAAGAGAUAAACAAAACUAAAGCCUGCCGCGGUCAUUUGAUUUGAAAUUUAUUUCAAUGACUAAGACUUGAGGGAGGAAACUAUGAUUGAUAGACAUUGCACAACUGGGCGUGAUUAUGCUUUUCAUCAUAAGAAGAGAGACUGACAAGGGAAGUAGGGGUGGCGCAUGUGGCUCGGGUUUAAAUCCCGGUGUCAACGCCAUAAGCGGGUUGAGUUUGCUGUUGGUUUUCUUCUUUGUUCCGAGAGGUUUUUCUCCGAGUUGUCCGGAUUUUCCCUCUCCUCAAAAACUAGCAUUUCCACCUGAUUUCACUUCGACCAGGAAUGGUAGACAAAGAACCACUAUGUGAAUGUACUGCCUUCAAAUCGUUAUUUAUUUAUUUAUUUAUUUGUUUCAGUUAUAACAGGGUCUAAAUGGCCAUCUGGGACCUAUGGCCUUCCAAAGCCAGUGAACGGUUGUCCAGCCGCCGAUGGGUUCGAGUGGAAGACUGGGUACAGAUUUCAUGAUACUGAGGAUGACGGGACGGAAAAUCAGCAUUCAGACAGCUUUCAUUUGGCGGGUGAAUUCAGCGAUGAAGGGAUCAGGCAUGAAUUCUGCAUAAAGAGUAAAGAGGAUGGAGCGGGAAGGUAAGGGAACCGCUGAUGUAUUUUUUAACGGAGGUUUUGUCCAUACUGUUUAUUUGUAACUUGCAAUUACUUCGCUAAGAAAAUUAACAGUGGAGGACAAAUAUCUUCUUAGUCAGCGCUUCGAAUUCCAUAUAAAAAAUAUGACUUCUAAGCGACAUUGUCAACGAAGAUAGACUGAAAUUUGCAAUCCGUUUUAUAUUUGCUGUGAAAGUUAUUUCGCUAUUUUAAGAAUUAUUUUUAGUUGAAUUUGGAAAAUUUCCUGAGUCAGCGCCUUUAAGAUAAGGAUAAUAUGAGGCUGGCCUUCUCAAGUGAAGGAAUCAGAGUGGGAUUCCGAUGAGAAGUCGUCGCUUGCCAGUCGAAAGCUAACAGAUCGCAACGUUAGUCCUCGUUCCGCGUUCGGCCCCGAUUUCUGACUAAUGAACCAUUAUUCCUCGAGCCAGAAUGGGCUCUACGUCAAUAGACCAUGAGGCCGAAGGCCGAAUGGCCGAAUGAGGGCGAGAGGAAUAAUAUUUUAAAAAAUCAACUAGUUAGCCAUGAAAACAACUUUGGCUAGCAAAACGCGAUUUUCGCUUUCAAAGUUGGCGGGUCAACUCCACCUAUCAGGUAAACGUGAUCAAAUUAAAAUGAGAUAUUAUAUGGACGGGCAUGGGUUCACUCCACCUAUCAGUUAAACGUGAUCAAAUUAAAAUGAGAUAUUAUAUGGACGGGCGGGUUACCCCACCUAAGCUAGCCUGGGAACAAGCCCUCCGGGGCGCUCUGGUGGAGGGGCGGGAAAAGGAAGGAGAGCUUGCAAAUACGUCUCUGGAAUUUGAAUAUUGGCAUCAAAAAAGUCGAUACGAAAGGCUGAUUGGCCGAGAUGACUGUUUUUCAAUGUUUGUUUGCAUUCGCGCUCGUUUCCGCUUCUCGCUGAUUGGCGGAAAUCUGACAGCUCAGUCGACGGAGAGCCACAGGGGAAUUGGAGGAGGAAUUCAAAUUUCAGAGACGUAGUAGUUGUAUAAGUUCUUCUUCCUUUUCCCGCCCCGCCGCCAGAGAGCCCUGUAGAGCUUGCUCGCAGGCUACACCUAAGCGGGUUACCUCACCUACCUGGGGUCCCCCACCUUCAUGUAAAUAGUCCCUUAGUUGACUUUCUGUUACAGGGACACCUCUCUAAGACGGACACUGGUCCUAAAGGCGUCCGUCUUAGAGAGAGUCGACUUUAUAUCUGACCGAGGACAAUAAGAGCGACCAUUUUUAGAGACAAACUAACAUCUAACAAGAAAGGAGACAGAGAAGGCAUCCCCCAUACACACCCUAUUCCAUAGGUAAUUCGUCUCGAGUUAUUUUUAACACCACAGAUCCCAAGGGGGAUUAGACAACAGCCAAUCAUAUUGCGCGAAUGUGUUCCGCGUGGAUGACCCACGCUCACAGCCACGCUUCCUUCACGAAUUGACGCAGAACAAAAUGGCGGAAGACGCGGAGAGCUAUUGCUAUUUGUUUUGUCGACGAAAACGACUUCAGGGAGAUUUCUGCUAAAUCUGUGUCAGCGAAACGGAAAUUAAAAAAGAAUCGCCCUUCCACUCUUGUAUAGAGCCAACAGUACAGCAGGGAAAUGCUUCACACACUGAAUAUUCUGUCAGGAUCAUUUAUAAUUUACAGUUUGAAGAGAGCAAUUUGUGGUUUGAUAUUUAUUCUUUUAUUAGUCUUUUAUUAUUCAACAAAAAUAACUCUUGGCGUCCUACUUGCUUUAUUGUACAAACGACCGAUUUCAAUAGACCGGCGAAAUCUGAGGUUACGACAACUUCGAGUUAAACUGAUUUCACGGGUUGUCAAAGAGUCCAGCGAUUCCCUUUUCCUGGUGAGCGCCCAUCCACUUCGCUUCAAUAUUCAGGAAUGCCCUCGAUCUCUUUACGCUUUCAUUGCCUUUCGCCCGACAUGUUUUGCACGGCGUUUAGUCGUGCGAAACCUCCACGAAACAUCCACGCAGCGCGCAAGGUAACUUUAUCCCGAUUCUAAAAAUAACUCGAGACGAAUUACCUAUGGAAUAGGGUGUAUGGGGGAUGCCUUCUCUGUCCCCUUUAUCCUCUCUUGCAUCUAACUAAUACACUUUUGUAUGUAACCUUUCACAGAUGGCCAGAUGGCAAGUACUGUAUCUACAAGAAAGGUCACAGUUGUUCCUCGGGACUUGAAGAGGGAUUCGUCAUUUGGGAUGACGAGAAUAAAGACAAUAAAAACUCCAAAGUUGGCGACCUACCCGAAGGUCUUUAUAACGAAGACACCAAAAUAUUCUUUUGUUGCAGUACCUCUGGAUCUGCUAACAAGGAGAUUGUUUUACCGAACAAGUCUCCAUUCUUACUGUUUGCCUACGAUUCCAUACUUUGUCAAAAGGUAAGUAACUGAAAGCAAGCUACCUGGCCUGAGAGCAAGCUCUCCCGGGCGCUCUGCCGGCGGGGCGGGAAAAGAAAGGAGAGCUUGCAACUACGUUUCCGGAAUUUGAAUUCCACCUCCAAUUCCCCCGUGGCUCCCCGUCGACUGAGCUGUCAGAUUUCCGCCAAUCAGCGCGAAGCGGAAACGAGCGCGAAUGUAAACAAACAUCGAAAAUCAAGUGCCAAAGGUAAUGACGUCAUUACUAAUGUCAUCUCCGCCAAUCAGCAUUUCGCAUCGACUUUCGCGAUGCAGAUAUUCAAAUUCCAAAGACGUAGUUGCAAGUUCUCCUUCUUUUUCCCGCCCCGUCGCCAGAGCGCCCCGGAGAGCUUGCUCUCAGGCUAGUUGUUUUUCAAUUCUCAUUCGCCACUUUAGAAACGGAAGGAAACUGGAACGAAUUAACGUUCGCAAAGAUUUCUGGGACUAUUACUAGAGACAGGGAAAAAAAUUGGCCAGUAGCUGACGUGCACGUCCCGAAAGCAAUUACGGGACGCAUUUCAGCUCCAGUGCCCUUACCGUUUGUAUAGAGGCGAAUAACGGCGUUAAGUUUAGAGAAAUUUUAUGACAAAAAAGGGAAAUUUAUCGUGACUGUUAAUGUCCUUUACAGCUAUUUACUGACGCUUGCAGGUUAACAAUAUUACGGCUCGUUCAUUUUUUUUUUUUUUUUACUACACGCGAAAUUUGGUAUUGUAAUUAUUUCAGUUAUUUCAGUCGGAGUGAAAGGUGGAAAAAAGUUACAGACACAAUCUUUUACAUUCAAAUUUGGACUAGUCUGGGAUAAAUGUAACGAUCCUCUGAACAACAGUGAUCUAAGUGUAUGGAUAUCGAUUUGAAGUUAAGAGAGGGUCGAUCGUGCAAAGUUAAAUUUAAAUGUGACCAUUAAAAAAAAACUAAAAAAUAUCCCUGCUCCCGGGGGGUCUCGAACCCCCGACCUUCGCAUCACAUCAGCCGCCAAUACUGCUUAUAAGUACGACGCUCUAACCGAUUGAGCUACGGGAGCUGGGUGCGCAAGGAGUCUUGAUGAAUUGGUUUUAUACGAAACCUAGUAAAUGGUAAAUGGCCUUGCUCCCCGCAAGUCUCUCCGUAGAGUGCUGGAUACGGCCCCGCCCCGCUCCAUUUUUAGGAGGUCAUAGGUUCGAAUUUUGUCGGGGACUCAGAACUUGUUGCAUUGUUCUGCCCUCCUUCCAUUGAUUGUUAUUUUUAUGUAUUCCGGAAAAUUAUUCCGCCCUUCUAAUCGGGAGAAAUGGCCUUUGUUCUCGGGACAUUUACUUAUUGUCGGCGAAAGCUUCUAGGUCUGUCAUAUCGCUUAUUGUUAUUCUAAAAUGCUGAACAGGAGUCUUUUUCAUUGGUUACCAUGAACGCGCGGCAGUACUCUUCAUCCUGGAGUAGGCAGGUGAAACUAACAAUAGCCCAAUCUCUCUAUCGAUCUGUCUAGGCUAUUUCGAAGCUGCGCUUAAUCCUAGACUUUGUGACUGUUUAGGGGGACGAAUUUUCACCAAGUUUCCCUCGCAACCUAGUACAGUGGAACCUCGAUAUAACGAGGGCUCAAGGGACUGGCAAAAUCUGUUCGUUAUAGGGGAGGUUUUCGUUAUAUCGAGGUUUUUUUUCAUAUAUUUUACUAUAACUGGGGUAAAGAACACCGUUCGUUAUACCAAGGACUUCAUUAUAUAGAGGUUCGUUGUAUCGAGUUUUCACUAUAAUAAUCAGUAAAAAAAAUCCCAUGAUGUAAUUCGAAACAACGUCGGGCCCAGUCUGACGCGAAAGAAUUGAAAAAAUGGCCAAUCUCCUUGGUAUUAGUUACAAUCAAUUUCACCAUACAACCGUUCUCUCCCACACCGUUGGAUAUUAUUUGUUGAAUAUUAAACAACGGAUCCAGGAUCAGCUGUACCAUCAAGAGCUGCAAGCCAGUCUAUUAAGAUUCAGUCUUAAGAUUCCUGACAGGCGAAAAAAAGAUCGAGUUUCGAUCAAUUUUAUAGCCUAACACUAAUUAUUCAUUUUUACAUGUUUUCUUAAAUAGGUAAAAGGGAUGAAAGUGGUCACAGAAUUCGUCAAAUUUGAUGACGAAGACCGCGGAAACAUAGAUUACGAAGGAGGUGAAUACCCUUACGGUAUUCAUCGAGCAGAGAAAGACCACAUGUUCUUUCUCUGUUACUACACGCCAGAAAACCAAGAUAACAUUGUUGUUCCAGGUGAGGGAAAUAGCAAACGAUCCAAAUUCAGUUUUCUUCGUAUUCUGAUACUGUGUUUGUUUUGUCAAGCCCCCGUCGGUCUUCCCAAAACAAGCUCACGAACUUGAUUCACAAAGGCCCCUCCGCAACUGGCGUCUCACCUUGCACAAAUACCGAAGCGGUCUGACGCUGAUGCUGGAAAACCUACUCCGGGAAAGGGGGGGAGGCGGAUAAGCCCGGCUCUCAUGUGCCCCGCGAGCUACCUGCGACAUUGCGACAAGACUCCGACACGUCUGCAGGUGCUACCUACAAUACUGUUCCGAUAUGAGAACACAAGUAGCCGGCAACAGAGGCCAUCGCAGGUCUUGACCGCCGACAUGCCUGCAAAGUUGACACGAGUUCGACUUCGCAGGCAUGCCGGAGGUAAAGACCAGCGAUGUUUCUUGAGCCGUCGGCGUUAUGUUCUCAUAUGUCGGAGUAGUAUCGCAGGCAGCACCCGCGGCUACGUUGCAGGUACAUCGGAGGCAUAUGAGAACCAGGCAUUACUUGGGUUAAAAUUAAUGGGUAUGUGCCGCUGGCCUCGGAAUCCCCACCCCAUCAUGGUCUAUUUUGUGGCCAAAUAUAGACCCCAUCUUAGUCACUUUUGAGAAAAUGCAAAUUACGCGAUUCCAACUUAGCAUAUAUAGUAACUUUCGGUAUAUGCAUCUACCUUAUGAAACCUUUUAACCAUUGUAGGUCAUCCUGAAAUUAAUUGACACAUUGGUUAAACGGAUCAAUUUAAGUUUCUGGAAAGCUGCCCACCUACCCCUCCCUAAACCCAACAUUUUUGCCCAAGUGAGACGCAAAUGUUAACGUCGAGUUAGGGGAGGGGUAGAUAGGCAGUUUCCCAGAAACCUAAAUUACCUACCUGAAUUUUCUGAUCCCCCAAAUCCCAAAAAUGUGGGAUCCCAUUCUAGUAACUCUAAUGAAAAUGCAACCCCAUUAUAAUCAAUCCAGUCGUGUAAAUGCGACCCCAUCCAGCGGCACAUCCCAAUUAGCCUCUAUUACCAGGAAGUACCCCCGCCUCCCCCGGAAACCUACUGCGGUUAGUUCUAGAUUCGUUAUUACAUUUGGCACAGAUGAAGUGAACCAGACUGACAUAAUGAGCACAAGAUAAUGAUUUUGUUGCCUGAAAAGAGUCCUUUCAUAAUUCUCUCUAGUUCAGGAUCUGAUUGGCCUCAUGUUCGAUUAGUUUUAAUUUACAGUGCAUUUGAUAACCAGAUUUGAUUACCGGCUAGUCGUUGGGCUGGUGUUUAACGUCAUAUAUAUGUACUUCAAUAUCUUACUUUAUGUGUUUUUUUAUCUUUUUUCAGCUGACCAAACUAAGCAUUCUUCCAAGAAAAAUGGAUUCCAUAAACACAAAGCAAAUCCCCAAGAGAAACACGUCGAUAAACCGGAGGAAUUAGAGAAACUGCGGAAUUCUGAAAAAAUGAUGGAUGAGUUCCUCGCUAGUACCGCUCCGCAAAAUAAAGAAACAAAUAAAAACGAGAGAACAAAGACCAUCAUUAAAACAAUCAGGGUAUGUCAGUAUAAAUCACCGUAAAUUUUUUGCUAACUUAUUUAAGCUUAAACAGGGACCAUCAUCGAGAUAACGGGUUCAGCGUACUCUCUUUUCUCUUUUUUUAAGGGGGAGGGAGAGGCUCACGAAUGGGGUGGAUAGCUUACUUUUAUUAUUCUCAGCAACUGAUUGAUUGACUAUCAACGAUCGACCCCUUUGUCUGCCUUACCUAUAUUCUAGUGUUACAUGGUGGAGUAAAUGGUUGCUCAUUUGAUUGAUUGAUUGAUUGACUGAUUUAUUGAUUACUUUGAUUUAUUGAUUGAUUGAUUGAUUGAGUGAGUGAGUGAGAGAGUGAUUGAUUAGUUUUAUUGAUUGAUUGAUAGAUGGAUGGUUGGAUGGAUGGAUGGAUGGAUGGAUUGAUUGAUUGAUUGAUUGAUUGAUUAAUUGAUUGAUUGAUUGAAUGAUUGAUUGAUCGAUUCACUAUGUUAUGGGCUCCCGGGUGUCAACGUAGUGACUACUAUGCUUUUGACAGACGUAUUAGUUGACUGAUUGAUUGAUUGAUUGACUGAUCGAUCGAUCGAUCGAUCGAUGGAUUAGUUGAUUGUUUAACUGAUUCACUGAGUGAUUGCCUCACUGAUUAGCUGUCUCGCUCACUGACAAUGCGUCUGUUUGAAUGAGUGACAAUCUAAUUGCCUAUAUGUCAAGAAGCAACUCAAUUGAGGGACCCUUGACUAACUGUAAGGUCAAUUGGUUGGCUAGUAAGCAUUUUCCUAGUAUUCCAAAAAGCAUCUUAAUCAUCAGUUACAUUUAUUUCUGUAGAUAUGGUUCCUUUAUCGACCACUGAACUAAUUACCUUUUCUGUAAUCUCGUUGAUUCACUAACCGACAGUCAAAUCUAUACAGUUCUCACCUUUAAAUCUCCAGGUUCCUGAACGCGAAAAUACCACGUCAAUAGUGGUGACCACAGCUGGGAUAGUGCUGGCCAUAGUAAUCCUGGGAGUAGUGAUUGGUAUCGUUGUAAUUAAACACAUCAGGACAAACCGUGAUGGAGUCAAGGUAGACUCACUGGAUGAAGCUGUAUACACAGCCUCCGCAUCUUCAAGAAGAAGCAGCUUUACUACUUCUGAAGAUGAAGUGGAACUUACGGAGGCUGACUUUGAGGAUGAGCUCGUGGAGGAUCAAUAUUUACCCUCUGAUUCAGAACUCAAAUCGGGAUUGGAACUCAUGUUUCUGAAACAACAAAGACAUUAUUGGACAAGAAAAAAGAAACCUUGACCAUUUAACUCGCAGGCUACCUUUAGACGGCACCAGACGAAUUUUCGAACUGCGGUGAAAAAUUUGACAGGACACGUCGAUUAAAUUGAACGGGUCAAAUUUUUUUUUCUCUUUUCAUUAGCUUCUGACCGACCAGAUUGAAUUUUUAACUUUUUUAAGUACUCACUUUAACUUUCCUUAGUAGUUUUGCCAUCUUCCCUUGCGUACUGUGCUACUAUAGCAAAUCCAAAAUGGCAUGCAUCCUCGAGCGGAGUUACGACGCAUCCACGCAGC